AUGACAACAGUUGAUGGAAAUUUUAUUGCCCAUUAUAGAGAAAAGACAAGUACAGCCAACGAAGUUCGGUAUAUGAAUAGUACCGGAAAUGAUCUCGAAAUUGCUUUAAAAAAUAAUUUAACCAAUACAAAUAUUUUGACGGUGGAAAAAAAGAAUUCAAAAAAACAAAUGAAAUUUGAAAAUGAUGACGGUAGCUUUGUUUUUAUUGCUGUUGUUGAAUUUUGCUGUGAUUAUUAUGAAGAGUUGGAUUGCCGCAAAGAAAGAGCAAAAAUUGUUGAAGAUCGGAAGUCAACGAAAGAUUUGUAUGAAGUUUACAUACCGUCAUGCACUGGGCCAAAUGACUCGUUGUACAACGCAACGCAAUGUCAUCCGCUGAGUGGAAUCUGUUGGUGUGCAGAACCUUCUGGAGCUGUUAUUGCGGGAUCAUCAAAACCAAAAGAUGAAAUUCGUUGUGAUCCGGAAAGUAUUAAAAAAAUUGCAAUUGUCAAGGCGCAACCAGUGAUUCGAGCCCAAUCGCAGAAGUCGUCAGGUUGUCAUAUAAGAAAAAUGAAAAAAUUUUUACGGCUACAUCUGAACGCAUUACGACUGCAUUGCUUUGAAGGUGGCCACUGUCUUGAUAGCAAAAAUGAAAAGGCAGAUCUUCAUGAGGUUGCAUUAAAGAAGUUCAGCGAGCUUGAUAUUAACGAAAAUAAGGAACUUACUAAAAAUGAAUGGAAGCGAUACAGAAAAAUGCUAAUACAGGAACAAGUAUUUAGCAGUACACGAAAAUGCGCAAAACUGUUCAUGCGUUUUUGUGACGUGAACAAUAAUCGAAGGAUAAGUAAAGAGGAGUGGAUUAAUUGUACCGUUAGAAGUUCAUCGAUUGUCUAUCAUCGACUGAUGCGGUUUACGAAUCCGUUUUUAGAUGUCUUAAGGUCUGAAAAUUAA